GCCUCGAUCCUCAUCCUCCUCAAUCCUCAUCCUCGAUCCUUCCUCUCAUCCACCUCGAUCUCCUCUGCUCCCGACGCACACGAAUCCCCGCCCCUCUUGCUCUGAUCUGCUCUCGGCGCGCGUUCUAAGCCAGGGUCAUGUCGACGGCCAUCCGCAAGCGCCCGGCGGAGGGACAAGAACCGCGCGUCCAUGGCGGCAAGAAGCCCCGAUACGCGUUUGGAAGCAUCUCCGACUACAAGAAGCUUGAGGUGCUUGGAGAUGGCACCUACGGCGAGGUGUUCAAGGCGCGCGACCGCCGCACCGGCAAGAAAGUCGCCGUGAAGUGGGUCCGCGGCAACGGGGCCGGCGGGCACGGCCCGCCCGACAUCCGCGCGAUCACCCGCGAGGCCGGCUGCCUCGCGGCGUGCCGGGGUCACGAGUCGAUUAUCGAGAUCUUGGAUGUGGCGACGGACACCAAGACAGGGGAUGUGUUCCUCGUCAUGGAGCUCGUCGCCGACGGCCGCACCCUGCGCGAGUCACUCUGGAGGCCUGUAUCCGAGGAGGGGACCCGCGUGAUGAUGGAGCAGCUCCUGGACGCGGCCGCCGGAGUGCCCUAUGAGGAGUGCUGUGUCGGCACCCUGAUUUACACCUCGCCGGAGCAGCUGGAAGGCAACCGGUACUACGGCCAGGCCGUGGACAUGUGGGCGCUUGGGUGCAUCAUGGCGGAGAUGUUGACCGGCGGGACCCUCUUCGUGGCGGAGACAGAGGAGGAGCUGCCCGCCGAGAUGUACAAGCUGCGAGACCAGAUCACUUCUACGGGGAAGCUGGAUUUGGAGUUCUUGGAGGAGCUUUCAGAAGCCGGGCAUGAGGUCCUGACCGGCCUGCUUGCCUUCAACCCCGACGAGAGGAUGACGGCGGCGGAAGCGCUCGAGCACCGGUGGUUCAGCAAGCCCAAGGCAGCAGAGCACCCUGGCUUUGUGUCGCUGAUGAGUUAAUUAGCUUGAUGUAGCAUCUGAUAGAUGCAGUGCCACUGAUUAAUUAUUUCAUUGCAGUGCCACACACCGAGUUAGCUUAAUUACUGUGUUAGUAUGUACUGUAAUUAGUUUAGGGGCCCAAACUUAGUUUAUGGGUUCCUCGCCAUGUAAUCCUCUGAGCAAUCAAUGAUUCAGUUACUGUAGCAUGCAAAUUACAUUA